AUGCUGGCCAGCGACAGAGUUGAGGCAAAGCUGAAGAUUGAUGGCGUUCCGGAGUCCUACGUGUUGACCGACAAGUGCGGCUUCCGAGACUCCGAGCUGGUGGACUUCUGCUGGGCCUUCCGCCUCUACGACGUGCUGGGGGAUGGCCUCAUCGAUGCCGGCCAGGUCAGGCUGGCACUGAGCUGGCUUGGGGAGGAGCCUACGGAGAAGCAGUUCCUCACUGCUGCCCGGCUGCAAGGGAAGCAUUCUUUCGUGGCAGGCUUCAAGAGCGAUCGAGGCUUGAAGCUUCCGCAGCGUUGA